AUGUUUUUGGACCAGUCUCCCCAGCCACUCUUUGAGGAAGGUACAGUCACAGCUACUACAGGCUUUGGAGGCCCUGCUCCUGACUCCCCGCUGUUCACCGUCGCGGAGGAACAAGUGGCUUUUAAAGACACUGGAAAGACACCCGUGGCACCAGAGGUGGCGACUGACCGAAUUAGAAUGACUCUAACCAGCCACGACGAAAAAUCUUUGGACAAGGUUUGUGCUGACUUGAUCAGAGGCACAAAGGAAAAGAAUGUCCAAGUGAAGGGACCAGUUUGGAUGCUUACCAACACUCUGAGAAUCAGGACAACAAAAACUCCUCGCGGAGAAGGUUCUGAGACGUGGGGCUGUUUUCAGGGGAGGAUCCCCAAGCGACUCACUGAUUUGCACAGACCUUCAGAGGUUGGUAAACAGAUGACUUCCAUCAGCAUUGAACCAAGGGUUGAGGUUGAAGGCACCACUGCUGAUGUUUAA